AAAGAAGGUUAUUUGUUACUGUGCCUUUGGGUGAGGCAAUCGUCUUCAGAUAAAAUUGGAUGAUUGAAUAUGAAGUACUAUUUAAGGGCACUGAAAUUCUUAUCUAAUCAACAUUCAAUAUCAAUGAUAUAAUGAAUCUAAUAGAAAUUUAGAGAGAGAAAAGUAUUGUUCAUUUCAUCCAAACACAAUUGUUCAUUACAUUUAAUUAUUAUUAGUAGUAGUACAACUUCAUAUCAAACAAUGAACCAAUAAAAAUACAAUUUUUAUUUAUUUAUUAGAAAAACAAAAGAUAAAAGAAAAAAAAUCAUCCAAUUAAUGUGUAUCUACCAGUAUCUACUAUACAUAUAUAACUAUUUUCAAUGUUCAAUAUACCCAGUAACUAAUGAUACCCUAUAACUAAUACUACAUAUAGAUGUACUCGAGUUAAACAAUGAUUUGUAACUAUCAUGUUUAUUUUGGUCAUUUUCAUUCUUGUUCAUUGAAUAUGAUGACAUCAAUAAUUAGUAUUUCAUUGGAAUCAUUAAAAUCAUGUUAAUGACACUUAUUACAUAAUUCAUUGAAAUCUAUGAUUAUAUAAUCAUUAUCAAUUAUGAUCUUAUUGAAUGGAAUCAAUUUAUCAACCAGCUCAAUGAUUUAUCAAUAUUUAUUAAUGAUCGUUAUUAUUAUUCUAUUUAUAAUUACAAAUAAUUGUGGAUCAGUUCAAAAUAAUACAAAUAAUAAUAUGACUAGUGAUUACAAUACUACUAACAUGAAUACUACUGUUAUGAAUAAUAAUAAUAAUAAUUUAAGUACAGGUGGAAUAAUUGGAAUAAUCAUUGGUUUGGUUAUUAUUACUACAAUAACUAGUGUUAUUAUAUUUUGGUGUAUUCGACUACGUCAUUUAUAUUUAAGUCAACGUCAUACUAAAAUGUAUGAUCCAGAUAUGUUUCAAAAUAGUCAAAUUAAAAAUAAUGGAUCAUUACAUUAUUCUAGUACAUCACAUCAACCAAUGAAUUCAUUACAAAAUUCAUUAGCAUCUAUUAAUCAUUUACAAAAAUAUUCAUUACCUAUAGGACAAAUGAUUAGCCCUUAUUAUAAACAACAACAAUUUUUUCAUUCCAAUUUAAAUCAUCCUAAUGAAGAUCAUAAUUCGACUAUAGAGAAUUCAUUAAAACAAUUACCUGAUCAUCAAAUGAAUUCUGAUAUGAAUUUAUAUCUUGCAGAACGAUCAAAUUAUACGAAUAAUUUAUAUUCUUCACAAUCUCCUAAUUGGACUGAUCAGCAUUAUUUUAAUACAAAUCAUUUCAAUGGUUUAACAUUAUUCGAUGCAACAUCUCCCAAUUUUCAAUCCUAUAAUAAACCUACAACCGAUAUAAUGUUAACAGAGACGUCAACAACAUUACCAACAAUAAAUGAACCAACUUGUUAUCCAGUUUAUGUUCAUCCAUUACAAUCUACCCUGAAUAAAUAUAGAUCUUCAUCUAGUGAAAAUCUAUCAUCACGACAUCAUAAUUCAAGAAUUAAAUCAAUUGCAUUCAUUACUCAUUUAAGUGCAUUUGGUUUAAAGAAUAAACGACGUUUUUCACAAUUAACAACAAAGAAAUUAAGUAAACUAAAAGAAAAUACUACUAGUCCUAAUGAUAAUGAUAAUAAUAAAUCUGGUCAAUUAAAUCCUUUACCAAUUACAGAAGCUUAUGAAUCAGGAAGUUAUCAUAAUCAAAAUAUGAUAUCUGACAAUUUUAAUUUUAAUGCAAUGGAAUCAUUUGAUAAUGAUUACUUUUUAUAUAGUUUACAAACAGCUGUAUUCAAUGGUUUCGUUCCAUCGAAUCCAUUAAAUCAACAAUAUACAUAUCAUGAUUAUUACAAAAUGCCAGGUCAUCAGAUAAUACCAACUACAACUGCAAUAACACCGAUACUUCAUGAAAAGUUCAAUCAAUCAUCAUUUGGUGAAGAUUUAAGUUUAGGCAACAAUCAAUCAACAACACUAUCAACUGGAUAUUAUUCAUCGAAUAGAAAUUCUAGAGUAUUUUCACCUGAUUACAAUAAUAAUAAUAACAGUAAUCGUUUUAAAUUUCCCCCACCCGGUCCACCAGUUGCUGGUUGGGUUAACCAAUUUAUAAUCAGAACAAAUACACUUGAAAAUUCAUUAUCUAAUGUGAAUACAAUAACAUCAUCAACGUCUCCAUUAACAAGCAUAAUAUCGUUGAAUGAAAGGCGAGCACAUCAGUUACAACAACAACAACAACAACAACAACAGAAAAACACUUCUUUCUCUUCAUCAUUACAUAAUACACCAUUAAAUCAUUCACCAAUCACAGCGAUUGAUAUUAUUGGUUUAUCAAGUCCGAUUACUAUACCAAGUAGAUCCAUUUCAUCUGUACCACCAUCUCCACAACACAUUCCAUUUGAUUUUAUUAAUUCUUCUCGUUCAUUGGGUUUAACUUCAUCAAGUGUAAUUCCAAGAAGAAAUAAUUCAAUUACAAAAUAUCCUAAAUAUGAAUUACCAAUGAUAGGAAAAAGAAUAAUCCCUAUUGAAACUGAUAAGUUGCCUGUAUUCACUAAACUUGAUUUCCCAGAAUUCCCAAAUGAUUCACUUACUGUAUUAAAAAAUAAUUUCAUAAAACCUGAAAAUAAUAUCUUAUUACAUAAUUUAAAAGAUAAUAAUAAUAAUACUACUAAUAAACAGAAUAUGAAUAAUAUGUCACAACAACAAUUUCUAAAUCCAUUAAAUUGUUCUGAUCCACAACAUAGUGAUAGUGGUUAUAAUGAUUCAUUAAUUAUUCCUGAUCAAAAAUUAUCAUCAUUAUUAUUAUUAUCUUCAUCAUCUACAUCAUCUUCUAUAGUUCAUUCAUCAAUUGAUUUUCAAUCACCAACAAAUUUAUCACCAUUAUUUCAAUAUGAUACUAUACAUAAUUCAACUGAAUGUAUUUCAAUUACAUCACCUAUAACAACUACAUCAACAAUGAAUUCAAUCUUUUCUGAUACAGUUGAAAUGAUCCAUAAUUAUUCAGUUGUUGAUAAUCAUAUUAACAAUACUGUCAAUAAUAAUAAUAAUAAUAAUAAUAAUAAUAAUAAUGAUAAUAAUAAAAGUAAUCAAUAUGUUUAUUGUAAAUUAGAACUUCCUUUAUCUGUUACACAAUCUAUACCUGUAUCAUUGUCUUCAGUCACAGCGAUAAUAUCAUCACCAUCAUCAAAAAGAUCAUCAACUAGUUCACGUAGUACUGAACCAAGUUCUGCAAAUAGUACUACUGUUAUAUUACGGGAAAAUCUAGAUGUAAAUCGAAAAUUAUCUUAUCCAACUAUGAAUAAUUUCAAUAAUACUAAUCGUAAUCAAACUAUAUUCCGUUCUCCAAGUGAUCCGGAUAUAUUUUUUUCAUUUUGUGAUGAAUCAAUAAAUAAUAAAUCAACAUUAACCCAACAACAACAACAAUUUCCUUCAAUUCAUUUAUCAAAUCAUUAUAAACAACAACAACAACAACAUCAUCAUCAUCCAACUAGUGUACCAUUAUCACGUACAAAUUAUACAUCGAAUAAUAUGAUGAAAUUAAUGAUGAUGAGUACAUUAUCUGAUUCAUUUAAAUAUCAUCAUCUUAUAAGACAAAAAUCUGAAAGUCAAUUACUUACAGAUCGUCAUGAUUCAUUUGAUGAAAUUUCAUGGGAUUUACAACCAACUCCAUUAUAUUAAAUAAUAAUAUCAUUAUCCUAAUAAUAAUGAACAAUAUUCUUUUAUCAGUAAUAAUCAUUUUAUUCAAAUAGAAACAAAAUAUUGAUGAAUAUAUAUAUAUAUAUAUAUUUAUAAAGAUUAUUAUGUACAGUCACAUCACCUUGGUAACAACGAGGGGAAUAGAAUUAUAGAAAGAAGAGUUCGUGUUAUGAACUAAGUAUAGCUGGAUAAUGAAUGAUGCAAAACCAAGAAAAAAGAAAGAAAGAAAAAAAGAACAAGGAACUUUUAUUCUGUUUCAGUAUAGGAUCUUCAGAAAUGCGAACUCACAGACGUAUGCAAAAUCAAUCAUAUUUUGAAGAAGUUUAUUAAAACAAUGGAAUCACUUAUAAUCGUUUAUUGAAGCCUUGGUUAUUCGUAAAUGUACACCCCCCGCCCUUUAUGUGCACAAAUAUCAAUUUGUCGUAACCUUGAAUUUACCCUGAUAAGUCUUAAGUCAUUCUAUAGCCUAGGAUUACACAACAAUCUCUUAUUUCAUUAAUUGAGAUCAUGAGUUAAUUGAAGCUAGACCACCAUGAAAAACCUAGAAGUACCGGUUGGUCGUUACAUCCUAUUGUGAAACUCCUCAGUAGUGCGCAUCCACGAUCCCGCCUCACGAGACUUGAACCCAGGACCUAUCAUUCUCGUACGUAAGCGCUUAAUCACUAGACCACUGAACCGGCAUCCAACAGUGUUAAUGUCUAACUUCAACUAACUCGCGAAAUUGAGCGACAUAUCUUUUCUUAUUCUUUCUAUACGAUAUAAAAUUGGUUCUCUCCCCUUUUUUACUUGAACUUUCAUUUAAUUGACUUUUAUUAAUUUUCAGAUAAAAUGUACUGACAAGUAUAUGUGUGACCGA